AUGGCUAUAAAAGCACUAGAGAUCGUCUGGUGGUACUCAGUCUUAGCUUCACCCUCUGACCACAUCCCUCCUGCAUACGAGCCCUGGGCCUCGAAGGUGCUGUCGCCCAUUCCUUCAUUUACCAUCAUGGUCGUCUACGCAUAUGUCGAGACUUUCUACGACGUCAAUCCUCCUCCUCAAGGUUGGCAAGGAGGCGCAUAUACUCCUUUCAACAGACGUCCAAACCAUACUCAGCUCGCUCAAUGGGCGGGUGGUGCCCUUCAAUGGUCGCGAACGAAUUCACAGCAAGCACUUGCAAAUGAGCGGCCCCCGCGCGCCUAUGAUCACCGCAGAUGGAGGCAGGCGAACCCAGUGAUACGAGAUACGAUACCUCCCAACACGCCUAGAUACGCGCCUAGGGCUGAGGCGUUCUCUGAAAUUCUCGAAGCGUCGGAAGAAGGGGAGGAGGAUCUGGUAGUCAUUGAUAACGAAGGCGAGGAAGUUUAG